AUGGCCAGUUCACCCGGAUUCACAAUGGUUUACGGGGGUAUCACGCACCGAGGACAAGAGUACUUUAACCCACUCGAUGUCGUCGAUUCGUCCGAGGCAGCUUCGCGUGCAAAGACCCCUGACAACACGGCUGAGUCCUCUUUGAAAGAUGGCCCUGAGGCUGUUGUGUCCUCUCCUGCGAGAAACACGCGCUCCGUUGCGAAGCGAUCCCGCUUCAAGCCAAUGAUUGUCAAUACUCCCGGCAAUUCCUCGAAGGAGACUACACCUGUUUCCAAGAGAAAAGAAGAGGUCACGUUCUUGCGCCGUCCUUCCGUUCCUUCGUUCGUAUCUCGCUGUUCUCGCUCUCCUUCCGAAACUUCCUUUAUCAGUUCUUCGAUGGCCAAAGGCAAACAUCGUCUCGACCAAGUCGGUGUUUCCCCGAGUCCUUCUGCAAAGAAGAGAAAGAGGCAUCCCCUCGACGGCACUGUUCUCCCUUGGCCUGGGUCGAUAUCCGAUUUCGAAGAUCUCAGUCAACUUCGAAUGAUUCGGGAGGACCUCGCUCUUUUCUCUAAGGUCGUCAACGGGAAAAUCUCGAAACUUGAGGAAGCUCUUCGCCCCGUCGAGCGAAUCGAAACAGCGAUCAACGCUGUGCUCAAUAUUCCUGGCAUAACCUGGACAGCCGCUCUGCAAGAAGUUAGCAAGUCGCUCCUCGAGUUCCCAGACCGUCUUCUGUUUAUACAAGGCUUUCCAGGGACGGGUAAAACUUUGACUUUGACGGGAAUCACAGCUGUUUGCCGUUUGCUAGACAUUCACGGCAUCUAUACCACUCCCACGCACACAAGUUUAUGCAGCUAA